AUGGCCACGCAGUGGGGGAGAUGGCAGGAGGUGCCGCUGGGUACCCCGGCGGGGGGGUCGGGGCCGCGCUUCUCUCUCCCGCCCGCCCCGACCGGAGCCCGGAGCCCGGAGCCCCGAGCCCGACCCUCGCCCCGCCCGGGGAGGGGCAGCGCGGCCCGGCCGACGGCGGCUGCCCCGGCGCCUCCCCGCUCCCCCCGGCCGGGGCGCGGUUAUAAGGAGCGGCGGGGCCGGGGCACGCGCUCGGCGGAGGCGGCGCGGGAGCGGCAGCGGCUGCAGGUUGGGGACACUCUUGGCACCAUGCGGGCCCUGCUCUGCCUCUGGCUGCUGGCCCAGGCGUCCCGGGCUUCCCGGGUGCGCACCCGCCGGGAGCUGGCCCCCGGCCUCUACGAGCACGGGGUCUAUGAUGCCGGAGGGUCCUACUGCCAGCGGGGGGACGUGUGCUGCCACGGCCGCGACGACGCCUGCACCGUGCCCUACCACGACACCCUCUGCUACUGCGACCUCUUCUGCAACAGAACAGUGUCCGACUGCUGCCCCGACUUCUGGGAGUACUGCCUGGGCAUCCCGCCCCCCUUCCCCAAAGCUCCGGGCUGUGCCCGUGCUGGCCGCAGUUAUCCCACCGGAGCCACGUACCGGGAGAACUGCAACCUGUGCACCUGCAGCCCCGGCGGGCAGUGGCAGUGCGAGGACCACGCAUGCCUGAUGGACGGGGAGCUGAUCGACGCCGUCAACAGGGGCAAUUAUGGCUGGAGAGCCACCAACUACAGCCAGUUCUGGGGCAUGACCCUGGAGGAUGGGAUCCAGCGCCGCUUGGGCACCUUCCGGCCCUCUCCCACCGUCAUGAACAUGAACGAGAUGCAGAUGAACAUGGACUCCAAUGAGGUGCUGCCUCGCCACUUCGAUGCAGCUGCAAAGUGGCCUGGGAUGAUCCAUGAGCCCCUGGACCAGGGCAACUGCGCCGGCUCCUGGGCCUUCUCCACGGCGGCCGUCGCCUCGGACCGCAUCUCCAUCCACUCCAUGGGACACAUGACACCCGCCCUGUCACCCCAAAACCUCCUGUCCUGCGACACCCGCAACCAGCGGGGCUGCAGCGGGGGGCGGCUGGAUGGCGCCUGGUGGUACCUGCGCAGGCGAGGGGUGGUGACGGAUGAGUGCUACCCCUUCACCAGCCAGGAGAGCCGCCCGGCCGCUCAGCCCUGCAUGAUGCACAGCCGCUCCACGGGCCGGGGCAAGCGGCAGGCGACCGCUCACUGCCCCAACCCGCAGACCCACGCCAACGAGAUCUACCAGUCCACCCCUGCCUACCGCCUCUCCUCCAGUGAGAAGGAGAUCAUGAAGGAGCUGCUGGAAAAUGGUCCUGUGCAAGCCAUCCUGGAGGUGCACGAGGAUUUCUUCAUGUACAAGAGCGGGAUCUAUCGGCACACGCCGGUGGCCGAGGGGAAGGGGCCGAAGCACCAGAGGCACGGGACCCACUCCGUUAAAAUCACUGGGUGGGGAGAAGAGCAGCUUCCCGAUGGCCAGACCCAGAAAUACUGGACCGCAGCCAACUCCUGGGGCACAGCGUGGGGAGAGGGCGGCCACUUCCGCAUCGCCCGCGGCGUCAACGAGUGCGAGGUGGAGACCUUUGUGGUGGGGGUGUGGGGCCGGGUCAGCGUGGAGGACAUGCCCCACAAGUGAGCUCCGCGCCGCCACCGCCUUCCCCCGGCCCCACCAUGGUCCAGCAGCGCAGCCCCUCCGUCCCGUGCUGGGGACCCCCCCAGUACCGCGGGGCGGGGGGCGAGCCCAGAUUGUCCCCUGGGUCCUCGCUGUGCUGACGCAGCGGCUGGGUGCAGUGGGGCAUGCACGGGGCAUGCGGCCGGGGGUGCCGCAGGGGCUGCUCCUGCAUCCCGUGGGAUUUACCCACUAAUCCCCCUGCCCUGGGCUCCGCUGGGCUUUGGUGCAGCUGGGGGCCCUUCAAAGGUGGCUUCAUCCUCCUCUUCCUCCUCCCAGACCUGGCUGGGGAGCGCUGCAGUGGGACCGCAGGGCUCCUGCACCCCUGCAUCUGCCCACCUCCCCGCUCCCCUCAUCCAGGGGCUGAGGGAGAAAAAUAACUCCCGGGGGACCCCCAGGGCCGGGGGUCAGGAUGGGGUGUUCACCGUCCCCUCUGCCUGUCCCUAUGGUGCUAUGGCCCCUGCCACCUCCUUUGGGGACAGGAGAGGGCUCAGCCCUCUUGUGUCCCUCUGCUGCUGGGGCCACAAUUGGGGACCAUGCAGCAACACAGCCCCAGUCCCUCCCCCCCACCCCCUGCUCCUUCCUCCCUGCCCCGGGUUGGACUUUUAAGACUUUUUUUUUGUAUUUAUUUUGCUUUUUACUAUUUGUAAAUAAAGCACCUGAACCCUC